AUGAUGCAGAGCGCAGCUGUCCCCGCGGAGGGGGCUGUCAAGGGGCUCCCGGAGAUGCUUGGUGUGCCGAUGCAACAGAUCCCUCAGUGCGCUGGCUGCAACCAGCAUAUCCUGGACAAGUUCAUCCUGAAGGUCCUGGACAGACACUGGCACAGCUCUUGCCUCAAGUGUGCAGACUGCCAGAUGCAGCUGGCUGACAGGUGCUUCUCCAGGGCCGGGAGUGUCUACUGCAAGGAGGAUUUCUUCAAGCGCUUUGGCACAAAAUGCACGGCCUGCCAGCAGGGCAUCCCCCCGACCCAGGUGGUGCGCAAGGCGCAGGACUUCGUCUACCACCUGCACUGCUUCGCCUGCAUCAUCUGUAACCGGCAGCUGGCCACGGGCGACGAGUUCUACCUCAUGGAGGACGGGCGGCUGGUGUGCAAGGAGGACUACGAGACGGCCAAGCAGAACGAUGACUCCGAGGCCGGAGCUAAGCGGCCCAGGACCACCAUCACAGCCAAGCAGCUGGAGACGCUAAAGAACGCCUACAAGAACUCCCCCAAGCCCGCCCGGCACGUGAGGGAGCAGCUGUCGUCGGAGACGGGCCUGGACAUGAGGGUCGUACAGGUUUGGUUUCAGAACAGAAGGGCCAAGGAGAAGCGCCUGAAGAAGGACGCGGGGCGGCACCGCUGGGGGCAGUUCUAUAAGAGUGUCAAGAGGAGCCGCGGAGGCAGCAAGCAGGAGAAGGAGAGCUCUGCAGAGGACUGUGGGGUUAGUGACAGUGAGCUGAGCUUCCGAGAGGAUCAAAUUCUCUCAGAACUUGGCCACACCAAUAGGAUUUAUGGCAACGUGGGGGACGUUACAGGCGGACAGUUAAUGAAUGGGAGCUUCUCCAUGGACGGGACAGGACAAUCCUAUCAGGACUUGAGGGAUGGGAGCCCCUAUGGAAUCCCCCAGUCUCCCUCCUCCAUAUCGUCCCUGCCAUCCCACGCUCCUUUGCUCAAUGGGCUGGAUUACACGGUGGACAGUAAUUUGGGCAUCAUUGCGCAUGCAGGGCAGGGAGUCAGCCAGACGCUGAGAGCCAUGGCUGGGGGACCCACCUCUGACAUCUCCACAGGAAGCAGUGUAGGCUAUCCCGACUUUCCAACUAGCCCAGCCUCUUGGCUCGAUGAAAUGGAUCAUCCUCCUUUUUAA